AUGUCUGGUACUUUGCAAGCAAUAUCUAAAUUUGUUAAGUUUAUAGGCCCUGGUAUUCUGGUCAGUGUGGCAUAUAUGGAUCCGGGCAAUUACUCGACCAGUGUAUCAGGUGGUGCGCAGUUCAAAUACGUGUUACUCUCAUCUGUCUUCAUUUCAAAUUUGUUUGCCGUCGUGUUACAAUGCCUAUGUGUUAAACUAGGAACCGUUACUGGUCAUGAUUUAGCAGAGAACUGCCGUAGACAUUUGCCUAGGCGACUGAACCUUACCCUUUAUUUCUUUGCCGAACUGGCCAUUAUAGCUACGGAUUUAGCCGAAGUCGUGGGUACUGCUAUCGCCUUGGAGAUUUUAUUUGGUAUUCCUUUGACUUGGGGGGUCGUCCUAACGGUGUUAGAUGUAUUAGCCAUCUUGAUGUUCUAUAGUCCGGAUGUUGGAUCAAUGAAAAAGACUAGAAUCUUUGAAAUAUUCGUGAGCCUUCUAGUCGUAGGUACAGUUACGUGCUUUAUUCUAGAACUAUUCAAGAUUUCAGUACCUAACAAAGUUGAAUUGUUCAGAGGAUUUAUGCCCUCGACAAUUAUCUUCAAGGAUCAACAGGCUUUAUACAUUUCUUUGGGUAUUUUGGGAGCUACUGUUAUGCCACACUCUUUAUAUCUGGGAUCAUCUUUGGUUAAGCCAAGAUUACAAGAUUACGAUAUAAAGCAUUAUGGUAAGGUACAAGAUCGUCCAAGUUUAAGAGCUAUAAAUUAUUCUCUCAACUAUUCCUACGCCGAGUUGAUCAUUUCACUUUUCCUAAUUGCUACCUUUGUUAAUUCUGCAAUUUUAAUUGUAGCGGGUGCCACCCUUUACGGUCAGCCUGAAGCUGCUGAUGCCGACUUAUUAUCAAUCUACCGCCUGUUGGUACAAUACAUUUCACCUGCUGCUGGUCUUAUAUUUGCCUGGGCAAUGAUCUUCUCUGGUCAGUCGGCUGGUAUCAUUUGCACCUUGGCAGGUCAGGUUGUAUCUGAAGGAUUUUUGCAAUGGUCAUUACCACCAUGGGCUAUUAGAAUUUGCACUAGAAUGAUGGCGGUUGUUCCCUGUCUAAUUGUAACUCUAACCAUGGGACAGCAUGGUAUAUCGGAUAUUUUGAAUUUUUCUCAAGUGGUUUUAUCUCUAAUUUUACCAAUAGUAUCAGCACCAUUGAUCUAUUUCACUGCCAACAGAAAAUUGAUGACUGUACCAAAAUCAGUGGAUGAAAGACAAGAGCCUGGUGAAAACACUGCACUAAUUUCGAACAAAGAAGAAUACGUCGAUUUCACUAAUAGCACUUGGCUCACAGCCACCUCAGUGAUCAUUUGGGCUCUUAUCGGCAGCUUGAAUUGCUACUUGGUAAUUUCUUUCCUACUUGGCGCUGAUGUUCAUUUUUGA